AUGGAACCUGAAUUUAUCAUCAACAAGACUGGUAAUGGCAAUACAUUGUCUGUUCUCACAAUCAGCGGGAACCUUCUGGUAAUCACCUCCAUCGUCUACUUCAGACAGCUCCACACUCCAACAAACUACCUGAUCCUCUCUCUGGCCUUGGCCGACCUGCUUGUCGGGGCUUUAGUUUUGCAGUUCAACUUGGCUAUGUUUGUGCAGUCCUGUUUGUAUUUUGGGGAUUUACUUUACAGAUACUAUGCAGUGUGUCAGCCUCUGUCCUACAGAACUAAGAUGAAUGGAAGGGUUGUUCUGAUCAUGAUACUGGUGAGUUGGACUGCCUCUGGUCUGUCUGGAUUUGGAACCGUAUUUGUAGAACUUAAAAACAUAGUCUGUGAAGGUCGAUGUUUCGUAUUUCAUAUGCCAAAUUCAGAUAUAUUUGGCUCUGUUGUCGUGUUUUACCUCCCAGUUUUCAUAAUGCUGUGUAUCUACCUAAAGAUUUUCAUUGUGGCACAGAGACAGGCGCGCAGCAUCCACAACACGAAAUGUCGUAGCACAAAGUCUGGAGCAGCUGUCAGUAAGAUGGAGAAGAAGGCCACUAAAACCCUGGCCACGGUUAUGGGAGUUUUUCUUUUCUGCUGGACGCCCUUCUUUCUUUAUUUAACCUUCAAUCCUGUGACUAACUAUUCAAUCCCCCUAUAUCUAGUUGAAGCUGUUACCUGGCUUGGAUGGUCCAAUUCCAUGCUCAAUCCAUUUGUCUACGCUUUCUUUUACAGAUGGUUCCGAGCAGCUUUCAGAAUCAUAAUUUCUGGAAAAAUAUUAAGCGGCGAUUUUCGAAACUCAAAACUGUUUUGA